AUGGAUGCGACGACUCAGAUGAACAGCCACUUCAACGAAAUAAACCAGCAACCUCAACAAGCCAAGUCGAAGGCAUACUCAGAGCUACUCAAGAGUUUAUUUGGACAACCGCGGACACAGGAGAGCGUCAAUUCGAUUGUCCAAUUCGUCGCGAACAUCGUCCAGGAUGUCAUCGGACUUAUGAUCUCCAAGACGGUCCUCUCGGAACUCGUCGGGCUAGUCGAGAGCGAACUCAAAGCGAAAGAUCAGAUCGACUUCAAGCGUAACUUGCUCGAAUCCGUCCUAGCCCAACCUGAUCUGUGCGGCAGAACGGUGAGGUUCGAGGAGCAAAUCUCGAGCUUGAGGGAAUCGUUGGCUUCCCUAUUGGAGGAACAGGAAGAUUGGAGUGAGGCGGCUAAAGCUCUCCAAGGAAUACCUCUUGAUGGGACCCACCGGACCGUUUCCGAUCAAUAUAGGUUGAACACAUACAUUAGGAUCGUCAGACUACUGUUAGAGGAUGACAAUGCGACCAAUGCUGAAAGUUACUUGAAUCGGGCUAGUUUAUUGGUUCCUGAGUGUAAAGAUGAAGCAACCAUUCUAGCAUUCAAGUUAUCACAGGCAAGAAUCUUCGAUUCGAAGAGGAAGUUUGAAGAAGCGAGUAAGAAGUAUCACGAGAUCAGCUUUACAGCGAACCUGGACGAAGAAGAAAGAGAAAGUUGUCUGUCGGCAGCCGUCGUUUGUGGAGUCUUAGCCCCAGCCGGACCGAAUAGGACAAGACUUUUGACAGGCUUAUUCCGGGACGAAAGGAGUGUGAACCUGCUGGAUUAUAAGAUCCUAUCGAAGAUGGUCUUAGGACAGAUUAUUCGAGAUCAUGAAAUGGUCGAAUUCGAGAAACGAUUAAAAGCUCAUCAGUUAGCGAAAUUGCCAAAGAUGUUGGAAGUGUCGGACGAUGAGGAUCAGGAUGAUGAUGCACGACUGAUGAACGAGGCAGGCGAAAGAAGGAGGUUGAAGAAAGGCCCAGAGAACGUCUUCGAUCGAGCGGUGAUGCAACACAAUUUACUAUCAGUCUCGAGGAUUUAUAAUCGGAUCAGUUUCAAAGGAUUAGGUAAUCUAGUUGGACUUACGUCGACGGCAGUCGAGAUCAUGGCCCGGACGAUGAUCCAAGAAAACCGACUGAAAGCGUCGAUCGACCAAGUCGAGAAAUUAAUCACCUUCAAAAACUUGUCCGACUCUGAGGAUGAUGUGGUUGUCAGUAAUGUCGCCGCAGCUGCCAACAGUACCGAGGAUCAAAACCACAACCCCAGCGAAAAGGAUCAGUUGGUCGCCAUCGCUCCUUCACUUUUCGUAUGGGAUGAAUCCAUCCGAAAAAGCUUGACAAAGGUCGAAACGAUUUAUCAAUACAUUAACGACCUGAAAGCCGACACAUGA